GCAUGCAGGGGCCCAGUGCCUAGGGCUGAGGAAGAUGGCUGACAUCCAGAACAUUUCGCUGGACAGCCCAGGGGGCGUAGGGGCUGUGGCAGUGCCUGUGGUCUUUGCCCUCAUCUUCCUGUUGGGCAUGGUGGGCAAUGGGCUGGUGUUGGCUGUGCUGCUGCAGCCUGGCCCAAGUGCCUGGCAGGAACAGGGCAGUACCACAGAUCUCUUCAUCCUCAACUUGGCGGUGGCCGACCUGUGUUUCAUCCUGUGCUGCGUGCCCUUCCAGGCGGCCAUCUACACACUGGAUGCCUGGCUCUUUGGGGCUUUUGUGUGCAAGACCGUGCACCUGCUCAUCUACCUCACUAUGUAUGCCAGCAGCUUCACGCUGGCUGCCGUCUCAGUGGACAGGUACCUGGCAGUGCGCCACCCGCUGCGCUCUCGGGCACUGCGCACACCCCGCAACGCGCGCGCCGCCGUGGGGCUGGUGUGGCUGCUGGCCGCGCUCUUUUCGGCGCCCUACCUCAGCUACUAUGGCACGGUGCGCUACGGCGCACUGGAGCUCUGCGUGCCCGCCUGGGAGGACGCGCGGCGGCGCGCACUCGACGUGGCCACCUUCGCCGCGGGCUACCUGCUGCCGGUGGCCGUGGUGAGCCUGGCUUACGGGCGCACGCUGCGCUUCCUGUGGGCCGCCGUGGGUCCAGCGGGCGCCGCGGCGGCAGAGGCGCGCAGACGGGCGACGGGCCGCGCGGGGCGAGCCAUGCUGGCGGUGGCCGCGCUCUACGCGCUGUGCUGGGGCCCGCACCACGCGCUCAUCCUCUGCUUCUGGUACGGUCGCUUCGCCUUCAGCCCGGCCACCUACGCCUGUCGCCUGGCUUCGCACUGCCUCGCCUAUGCCAACUCCUGCCUCAACCCGCUCGUCUACUCGCUCGCCUCGCGCCACUUCCGCGCGCGCUUCCGCCGCCUGUGGCCCUGCGGCCGCCGUCUCCACCGCCACCACCGUGCCCAUCGCGCCCUCCGUCGUGUCCAGCCAGUGUCUUCGGGGCCAGCAGGUUGCCCCGGAGACGCCAGGCCUCGCGGUUGGAGUAUGGAACCCAGAAGGGAUGCCUUGCAUGGUGGAGAGACUGGACUAGCCCUGUCCGCCCGAAGACCGCAAUAAACCCUUCCUGCUUGGAGUCUGUCCUCUCCCCUGUAUGACACAAUGCUACCUAGGAGCGCUAGAGCCUGGCAGCCUAGCCAGGCUGCAUCGCAGAGCAGAGGCAGAGUUGCAGCUCCAAUCCAAGGGACGCGGUGGUUAAAAUU